GGCCGUUGUAGAUGCGCCUUCUUGGGCACAUGGAAAACGUAUACAAGAGAGAGAUCUGACUUUUGUCGACCGAAUUCAGAGAGCGCUUAGCUUACUUCGGAGGUUGCUGAUGGCUUCUUCUUGCGAAUCUGCUCAGUGAAUGAAGCCUUCAAGUUGUACAAGGAGAAGCAAUGGAGCCAGACAUUCUGCCCUAUCAGCACUCAUCAGCUCCCCCUCCAUUGGACGAUGACAUGGGGGAGGCAGGAUCAGAGGAGGAUGAGUUUGGGGGAUUUGUUUUUGACCUUGCUGCUCCCACUGAGCCACCAUUUCCGAAGUCCAGCUUUACUCUCCAAACGGAACACUCCAUUAGGGAGAGUGUGGAAGGGGGGCAGCCAUCUUUGGAUCUUUGCACCACAAACGGUUACUGCAGCUCUGCAGAGGAAACGGGCUUCGCUGACUUCUCUGUGUUUACAGAGCAGGCGGCUCACCCGUGGUGCUGCGGCUUCGCUCCACUGGGUGGCACUGCGGUGGGGACAAAGCCCUCCAGCAGUUUGAGAGAAGGACGCCAGGUCGUUAUGGACGCCGAACCCAGAUCUCGUUGCGCGUGUACGCCUCACCAAACAUCUCAGGACAAGUCUCACCAAACCUCCAAGUUGCAGAAGGAAGACGUCCUAAACACGUCCGCUACAGAGGACCUGGACUCCUUCUGCGAUGAUGUCUCCUAUGAGGGUCCGUCUGAGGACUUGGAACCAAACGUGUCCUCUCUUGCCUCCCAGGGGGAUCAGACUGGUGAUGAAGACGAGUCGCUGUCUGAGUGGGACAUGUAUUGUCACCGUGGCGACCAGGCUGCAUCUCAGGGAACGUGCGCUACCUCCAACGUGUCCUCACAGUUCAACGCUGAAAGGUUUGACAACUGCGUUGAUGGAGAGACCCUGGGUCUCCCGCCAAGUGACAGCUUUGCAGAUUUCUGUUCGGCUGCGCCACAGGAGGAUGGAAACAGGAUGUGGGCGGAGUUUAAAGACACUCGCAGCAAGCUUCCAGAACAAGUCAGCAGCCUCCAGCUCCUACAGGCUUCUUUCCCAGAGGAGGUGGUCCCACCUGAGGAGGAGGACGAGGAUGAGGAGGAGGAGGAGGAGGAGAAUGUGCCCAGCCUGGGUGCUCUGCUUCAUCCUCAGGAGGAGGAGAAGACCACAGUUCAUAGGGUUCAGCAUGGCUUUUGGCGCCCCCACCAGGACAUCCACGGUGCAGCAGGCCUCAUGUUCCAGUGGAGAGCUUCCCACGCCAACAGAACACUGCUCAGGUGUCUUGGUUUGGACAUGAGGGACACUUGGGUGCAGAUGAAUCCCGACAAGGACUGUUUUUCAGGACACACACCAGCGACCACCUCCGGAGCCCAGACACACACUUAAUGAAUUCAAUGCAAUAGCUCAUCACCAGCCUGUUGGAUGAGAGUCCUCAGUUCUCAGGGCGGUCCGUCUCCUGCUUUGAGGUCAACCAGCCAUGCAGUACGUGGACUCUUGUAAUGAGUGCUACACCUUUUUAGUACGUACUGUACCUUCUGUAGGAUGUGUUUUCUCCUUCUGAGUAUUGACACUGUGUACUCACUUCCCAGCAAUGGAUGAGAAACUCUUGAAAAACUGUUGUUUUUUUUAAACCACAAUCCAAAAUGUGCAGUCAAAACAAUCAACGACCUUUACGAGGAAACACUGUGCCCACCUCCCAACUCUCCCUCUUCUUCUUCAGCUCACUAAAAAUUUGCACUUUUAGUUUUUAUGUCAUCUUAUUUUAUUUAUGCAUUAACAAGAGUUCUUUAUUUAUUUACUAUUACAAUAUUUAUUCAUUGCCUGUUGACUGAAGCAUCAAUUGCAUGAGCAUGCAAACAACUCCUUAACUCACUUUAAUCAGUGUAAUAUUUGUCAUUGAGUAUUUCCAUGAAAAUCUGUGCCUUUAUGCCACCAAUUAUAAACUAUAAAAAGUACUUGGCUCAUACAUUUAUUUAUUUUUUCUUAACCAAAUAUUCAAAUUAUGUAUUUUUCCUUUUGAAACAUCUUCAGGUUUACUGCUGGAAUCCAAAUGGAAUGCACUGCAAUAAAGUGUUAAGAUGCUCGUAAAUACUACAAUAAACCAGAUACGUGAUCCUUAUGGCUUGUUGUACAUGUUUAUUUGUACUUCUGAAAGGUGACAAUACAAGAGACACACACAUUUACACAUGAUCAAUAAGCAAAUUAGCUCUCAGUUUACCGGUCGAUCUAUGUUCCUAUCCUCACUUAUGGUCAUGAGUUCUGGGUAGUGACCGAAAGGACAAGAUCGCGGCCAAAAUGAAUUUUCUCCGUAGGGUGGCUGGGC